UCCUCGCGCCGCCCUCUCUCACCCAACAGCGUCUGCACCCGCCCGACUCGCGCAGCAUCGCAUGUGCACUCGCGGCGGCGCCGUGUACGCCCACCCAGCCAGCGUCUCGCUGCUGCAGCCAUGACGGCGCCAACGAGCGGCUCUGGCUCGGCUGCGCGUGGGCGGGCAAGUGGCAGCGGCACAACGGUGCCCAGCUCGUCGCUCAGCGAUGCUCCCUCCUCAUCGAUGGCGCCGCUGUCGAGCAUGACGCCUUCGCGGCCCGGCGUGGCGCAGAAGAGGCAGCGCACCAGCCUGGUGGCGCCCGCGUUCGAGGGCCGGCAAUUUGCACCGCCGGCAUCGCCGCAGAUGCCCGCUGCGUCGCCUUCGCGCGGCGGCCCAGCUAGCCAGCAAGCGUCGCCCAUGGGCAUCUCUUCGCAUGUGCUCUCGCAGGCAUCGCUGCUCGCCGCCGUCGGCAGCAGUCAGUCUGGGCGGCGCGGCGAGAGCAGCGCUGUGCGACGCUCGCCAGCAGGCGUGCCUGGCGUACAUGGCGCAGCACCACCGCGGCUCGCACCGCCUUCCUCGCCGAGUCCGCGAGCUGUCAGCGGCGGCGCUCCAGCGGCAUCGCCUCGCCCGCUGAUGGCGCUCAGCGCACUCCAGCCCGUGCGCCUCGUUGCAGAGCCUCCGCCUCCACCGCCGCCGUUGCCGCGUCGUUCCGCCAGUCCCACUCGUCGGCAGGUGUCGCUGAGCGUACAGGCGGCGCAUAUGCAGCCAGCAGCCGCAGAGCAAGCGAACUCGGAGCGCCAGCUCGCAGCAGCAGCUGCGCUCGCGGCGGCACCAUCUCAGCGCACACCGUUGCCGGCGGUCGAGUCACUCCUCAUGCCUGCGCCGGCAGUCGUCGAGCCACCUGCAGCGCUGCCACCACCGGUGCCGCCAGCAGAGACGCCGCACGCUUCUCCAGCACUGCCGGCAUCGCUCUCCUCUCCAGCACUGCCUCGUCCGCCCACUGCACCCUCGCGACAUGUGCCACGAGAACGUCUCUCGACACACCUGCCCUCCCUCGACGCCCUGCUGGCGCCGCUGCCGUUUCCUACUGCGCUGCGUCCGUACUCGGCCGACGAGCAGCGGCGCAUCGGCCUGCGUCCUGGCGGCGCACUCGAGAUUGCGGGUCCGCCAGGCUCGGGCAAGACGGUGCUCGCAGUGGCGGCGGCGGUGCGCUGCAGACUGGAUAGUCUGCGGCGAGUCAGGGCGCGGUUGCGAGCGAGGUCGGAAGGCGAGGCGGAUGAUGCGAGCCCUGACACGUGGGAGAGCGCGGCGAAGACAGCCGAGCAGGUGUGGCUUCUCGACACCGAGGGUGCCUUGAUCGCCGCUCGGCUGCGCCAGGCUGCUGUGUCGCAAGUUGCCGCGCUGCCCGAGAGCGAGGUCAUCGAGUCCAGCCUCGCAGCAGAUGGCGACGUAGUCAUGGAUGGGGCAUCCUCCGCAGACGCAGAUGCAGACGCCAGUCGCAAAGGCCUGCUCCGAGCUGUUCUUCAAGGACUCCACAUCUCUCGGGUCCUCUCUCUCGCCGCUCUGCUGGCACACUUCUUCCUCGCCUUUCCGCCCACCAUCGCCGCUCCAUACGCGGGACGUCUGCCGGCGCGCUGUGCGCUCAUCGUGAUCGACACUCUCUCUUCGCCUCUGCGGUUCCCGCCCGGCGAUACAUCAGCCCAGCGCACUGCCCGCACGCAGGCCUUCGCCAGCAUCGCUUCUUUCGCUGCACGGGCGCGAGCCGCCAACGUUGCCGUGCUGGCGACGAAUCAGAUGGCAAGCAAGAUGUUUGCGCCUGGCGGAGUGCUCUCCAACUUUCGCAACCCGGACGCCAUCGCCCGGCUGGUGCCGCAGCUGCUGGCGCCGCUGGUGCUCGGUGUCGACGCGGAAGAGAUGCAGAUCGUGCCGCGAGACGAGGCGGAGGCGGCUUGGCUGUACGCUGAACGAGGAAGCGCACUGGGCAAGGAGACGAACCGAGUCACUCUCUUUCGAGCUGGACCGCGCAGUCAGACUUUCGCACAGAUGGUGGGACGGCCCGCCUCGCAGCCGAUGCCGCCACGCGCCGCACCUCUGAUCAAGCCUGAGCCGGACGCCGAGCCUGCUGAGCCCGCCGUGCCCGAGCUCGGCUGGCGCACGUGGAUCCCAUUUGCCAUCGAUGACAACGGCACGCCGUUUGAACUGCCAGACGAAGAGCCGUCGCUCGCCGCUGGCUAGCGCGCCCUUCCCAUCCGGUCCCUCGUCACGCGGCCCCUCCCAUCUUCACUUGUACUUGUACGCUGCACUCAUUACCUUACCUCUGUCGAGCCGCGGC